UGCUACUGUUCCGAAAGGUUUGCUCCGGAGCAGCCACGUCGUACAAUACACACCAUGUCUUGCAACUCGCAGGAGAACCAGCGCCCCGGGCCUUCUCUCUCCUCAACGAGACGGCCCAGCAGCGUCAAAGCCGCUUCCAUGAACGGGUACUAGCUCUACCUGCUCGAAGGCAGCCAUUCGCAGGAGGAGUAUGCCGCCGUCGCCACCGCGCUGUUGGACGAAUUCCACAACCUCCACCCGAGUGAGCGCAGCGUCGAAAUGGAGCACUGGGCCUACUUUGCGGAGUGCUACCUCAAGGCCAAUCUGCUUCCUUUGAAAGAUCGAGAGGUUCCUGUUCGUGGCACGAUUCCACCCAUCACAGAAGAAGCGGCAGGAAGUCCUGAAGGUACAGCCGUCAAGGGCGCCAAGAGCUUCGGGAAGAGGCCAGAUCGCGGUCGCAGGAACGAUUCCAUCACCUGGAGUGAAGAUGUUCCAGAGGAAGCCGGCCAGGACGAGAAACCCACCUAUCGCUACCGAUACCCGCUCAGCUACCGCCCCAAGCGUGAACCCAGACCGAUGGUCCAGCAAACCGACGAAGAGUACAACCAAGGGUGGAGCACCGAUGAUGAGCGCGGGGCUCGCGAAGAAGAGGAGAAGGAAGAAGUGGAAGAGCCAUUCUCCUCACCAUCUUCUUCCUCGAGCUCCUCCUCGUCGACCGUAUCGCCGAUUUCCGCACGCGCGUCAGCAGGCCAGCCGGCUAUACCACGCUCUCCCUCAGCGCACAGAGCAGAAGAUGCUCUCGUCGGUCGAAAAAUCCUGGACAUUCUCAACUCGAGCAGCCCGGGGAGCCCGUCUCCGCCGAGUCCGCGACACACACCUCCCGCCCAACAGAGAGGUCAAGGCGAGAAGGAAAGCGCCAACAAGAAGAAGAAGAGGAGGCGGUUCAGCCUGGCGGCAAUGAAGGAGAGUCUUGAGGGCAACUCGUUGGCUCUUUGACCGGGAGAGUGGCAUGCCGGAAGUAGUAGACUACGAAACGCUCGCUUUUAGACAUCUGCACA